GCCAACCAAAGAACAAGCCAGAGCUAGCGUUGUCGAGAGAGCGAGCACCAGACGAAAGCAAAGAUAAGCCACGCCCCACAUGAUCAUCAGCUCACCUCUCUCUCACCUGGUGGCCUUUCUUCCCCUCCAGGCCUCCACCCCACAAGUCGAGAACAAGAAGCAUAUAGCUCUAACUACUCUGACAGCCAGCCAGCUGCCUGCAGGUGAUCGAACAGCAAAAGGGGAGGAGCCCUCAACGACCAUCACCUGGCCUGCUAGAGGCAAAGGCAGCAGGAUGUCGGACUGGGGCCCCGUGGUGAUCGCGGUGGUGCUGUUCGUGCUCCUCUCGCCGGGGCUGCUCUUCCAGCUCCCCGGCCGCUGCAGCUUCGUCGACUUCGGCAACCUGCACACCAGCGCCGCCUCCAUCGUCGUCCACUCCAUCAUCUUCUUCGCGCUCAUCACCAUCUUCGUCAUCGUCGUCGGGGUGCACAUCACCACAGGCGACCAGUCUGCCUACUAGCUACUGGCAUGCUGAUCCAAUGGCUCCUCCGAUCCUUUCCUGGUCCUCCAAUGUAGCCACGCAGUCUUACGAUUCUGCUUCUGUUUCUCAAUUGUUCCUCCUUUCUUUCUUUGCAUCCAUGGCGCUCUCUGUCCUUCAGAAAUAUACAUAAUAAACUGCUUCUUUUCUUAUUUGCCACAA